GCUAAAACAAUGCCGUGCACGUUUGAGGCUUCCUCACAAACUUCCUAAGCUAAGAAAAGUAAUCCACCAUUGUUAAAAAUUAAAAUCCUUUCAUUCAUUGUCUCUGUCUGUGUGUACGUAUAUUGACGAUGGCUCAACCGAGCUAUUCACCUUUGUCUUGGCCAGUUUCUGUGAUAGAUUCUCAGUUCAUGGCACCAUCUCAAUUAGAUAUUAUAGUUGAUACAACUUUACGUGGAUACAUUGUGAUCACUGAUACGAACCAUAAAAUCCUGCUCAAAGUGAAACCAUGCGACACAUCUUUUCAUUAUCAGAGAGUGCUACUUGAUGCGGAUGACGAACCCAUUGUCAUGAUCCGUAAAAAGUUAUUAACUGGACACCAUCGAUGGAAUGUAUUCAGGGGUGACAGUAAAAGCAAAUCAGAUAUAAUAUUUAGCACAAAAACACCUAACAUGAUCCAGAUGAAGACCAAUGUUCAUGUGUUCUUGGCAAACAAAACCAGUAGUAAGCAUGUCUGUGAUUUUAAGAUCAAAGGAAGCUGGUACAACAGAAACUGCACUAUUUUUGUGGGAGAUACUUCAACACCAAUAGCCCAAAUGUCUAAAAUUCAAUCAUCAGAGAAAGCAAAGUUGGUUGAGGGAAAAUUCAUGGUGACCAUUUGUGCCAGUGUGGAUUAUGCGUUUGUGAUGACACUUAUAGCCAUUGUUGAGGCUAUGAAAAUGAUAAAAUCUGACAAAAGAGAUAAAACUUUUUCACUAGUUGGUACAAUUUCGGGUGGCUGUAUUUCUGGUGGACUUCUUAUGUAGUACUAUUAGUUGCAUAUAUUAUCUAUUCCUAAAUUAUUUCCGUCAUGCAUGGAUCAAUCAAUGGGUUUAUAGAUUGAUAUAGUUUAUCCUGCAUAUCAUCUUUUCACGUUCUGAUGAAUAUUUUCAAUGUUUGUAUAACUGUCCAGAAGUAUCAAACAUUGUAACAUAAAUAUGUAGCAACAGUCCAGACAUAGUUGUUUUAUGUUCUGUUAUUAUAAUAUAAUGGUGAUUGGUGUUGUA